UUCGCAGGGUUUCUAUUUACAUAGCCCUUGCACUUAUUUGCAACCGAGUAGAAAAGUCAAACGUGACCACAGUAUUUACAAAGUAUCCGGAAGAAAUAUAUUGCAACCACGUACGAAUUAACGUUCAUCGUAGGUAUUAUUGAAAUCCGUUGCACCACAAAAUUUGCCAUCAAGGUUAUCACGUUCACUCAAUUUGCGAACCGAAUCAAAAGGUUAUAAAGGGAGCCAAACGAGUGCAUUAUUUUAGUCAAUAAAAAAAUUUAUUUAUCAAAUUACAAACAUGCACUGCAAAAAGUUUAUUUUUAUGUUCGUUGCAUGGUAUUGUGUAAACACUAUGAAUGGUUCUCCGAUAUCGUUUGAAAACAAAUUCGAUUGUGGUAAUAAGUGCAAAACCGAUGAAACUGGGAUAAAAAACAACGAUCACCAAUGGAACCCACAGCAGGCUGGUGAUUCGAACCAUGAUCUUCAUUUAGCAGCAUUCACAGGACAAGCUAUUCCCAAAAGGAGAAAACGACAAACAAGCAAUGACACCUCAGGCGGUACAGGUUCUUCGCCAGAAACAACUAUAGCCCCAGAUCCCGUCAACGCCACCACACAAACAGAUUCUGAUGAACAGUCAACAGAGGUUCCAUUGUUACGCAUAGGUGAAAUCGAUUUUACAAAUUCUGCAGAAUACAAAAGAGCUCAAGAAAAUUUAUUAUCGGCUUCGGAACAAGUGAAAGUCAAAGAUGUUCAAGUAGCAGACGACAAAAAUUUACCCAACACGAACUUUCCUGCAGCUAGCAUUCAGGACAUAAAAGAAAUCGAAACUGCCGAGACUGUCCUACCGGAAAAUGAUUCAACAAGUUCGAACAGCUCAACAACGAAUCCAAUUUCAUCCACGACAGAAAUUUCGAUGGAAAUAAAAGGUGCUGAGAACAUAGCACUGGAAUACGAUGGUAAAAUUGAAAGCGGAUCUCUCAGUGGAGACAUUCCAGUAGUCUCUCAAAACACAACUGCCGAAACAAAGCCAACAGCAGAAACGAAGCCAACGACAUACGACUUAAGUAAAUCUGGAACUUCUGCCGAAAAAACUGGACUGAAGUUGAAUACAACUCAUGCGAACGUGGACAUGGAAUAUUCAACACCAAUGGGUGAUACGAAAAAUGGUUCUAUCUCGGAAGAUCUUCCUGAAAAUAAACUUAAUGCAGUGGUCACUGACCCAGUAACAAUAAGUGAAGUGGAAGUUCAAGAAAAUACUACAGAAAAUGUACUUAACACAGUUGCAGUAAAACCAGCGAAAACUAACGAAACUGGUGGCGACUCAUUCCCGAAUUCAACUGAUUCAAAAUCUGAUCCAAAAACCGUGAGCAUACCAGGAAAGUUAUACCAUAACGUUACAGAUGACGAUGAUUCUAUAAGACGGGACAUGACAAAGAAAUUAGAUAUUGAGCCUGAACAACUGGAAACGGAGGACGUGUCGAAGAAAGACAAGGACAUAUCCGUGAUUCCAAACAGUCCAACCACAUCACCAAACGCUUCGAAGGACAGCCAUCAUAAAAAUCACACAGAUAGUGAAACUCACGAAGACAAUUUCGUAGAUCAAUACGAAAGCCACGCUUACAAAUUGGAUGAUUGGGAUGACGAUUUUACUGACACGAGUUCAUUUGACGACUUUAUUGGAAAUCCAUGCGAUUGCUGCGAUUGUAGCCGAACCGAAACUGCAAAACUCUACGACACGUUUGUGGAAAAUGAUUCAUCCGUUAGCAUUGAGUACCCUCCACACGAACCCUGUGUGGAACAUUUUCAUCCACCUGACUAUUCAACGAAUUAUGGAGAUAUUGGCGAAAAUCUCGACGAAGAAGAUGUCGACGUUGAGUAUAGUCAACAUACUGACGAUAUUUCGGACGAUUUUGAUUCCAUAGACUUAGACGACUUACUGAAUUCAGACAUUCGAUUCAAUACGAAAGAAGAUAAUAAUUGUGAUCAUUUUGACGAAGACACAGACGAUUUUGUUUUCGAUGACAGUUUUCGAUAG